GUGAAGAGGAGCUGUUCGCUCGCACAGGUGCUUCACUGACACUCCAACACCAUCAUGAAGGUCACGAAGCCAGCUUUUCUCAUCGCGUGUCAUCUGCUGUUCCAGCUAAUUUCCAUUAACACAUCAAGAACUACAGACUGCACUUCACAUAUGGACGCUUGUGUUUCUAAACGCAUCUGCAGAAGUGAACAGGCUGUCCUCAGAGAUGUCUGUAAUUAUAAAGAUGGCUGCCACACGACUGACGCAAGGCUCUGUAACGCCACCCUUCAGAUGAUGUCGAGCCGCUCGCCGGCGCUGGGAGAGUGUGUGUGUUCUGGGCCGGAUCCAUGCCGAGCUCUACAACAGCUGUACUCUCAGUGCCAGCAUCGCUUGGCUCAAAAAAACAAGAAACCUGAGACAGAAUGGAAAGCCAGUGUACACCACACAAGCAGAUCCUGUCUUGAGGAGACGAAGGCUUGUCUUGAGGAGGAGUCCUGCAACCGACGGAUGGUGCCGUUUGUCCAGGAGUGUAACGCAUACCAAUGCAACCUCAGCCAGUGCAGACAGGCUACGAGGCAGUUCUACUCGGCUCUUCCUCACGAUGUGGCGGAGAGACUGGUGUUCUGUGACUGUGAUGGAGAAGACCAGGAGUGCCAGCAGAUGAAGGCGUCUCUACACUCUGGAUCCUGUGCGAGCGACCCGUCACAGACUCCCUGGACCUGCCUGGAGGCGCUGGACAGGUGUUCUGGAGAUGCAUCGUGCAGGCAGAUAUUUAACAGGUACCUGUCCAAGUGUUUUGGGGAAGAGGACGCUGCACAUGAUUCGCCCAGUGAAUGGCUAAAUCUUAUAAACCAUGACAACUUUAUUGGGGAAGACCUCCAAUGCAGGGUGGCAUUUGUGGAAACAAUGGGCUCAAUACUUCAUCACCCAUGUACUUGUGAUGGAUUACGUCAUCAUGACGAAUAUAAGUGCAAUGAGCUGAAACAAAUUUUCCAAGACAAGUCCUUCUUCAAGCUCUCAAAAGCCAAAGAAAAUUUCCGACAUGGAGAAUCAAACAUGAAGCGACAACCAACCAAUGAGCCAAGCGCUGAUCAGCAGUGGUUAGGUGGAGAAACUGUCCAACAUGGACAAUCCGACGAUUUAGGCAAAGGGCAACAACCAACCAAUGAAUCAAGGGUUAAGCAGCAGUGGUUGAGCGAUCAACUGUUGCACCUACUGAUAUAUGUCUCUGCAUUAACGGUAGUGGUGUUGCUCGUUGUCAGCCUGCUUUUGCUCAGACUGAGGAGAAUACACCAAGCUGCUGGUAAACCAACUUUUGAGGCCCAUCAGUCGAAGUCUCUAACGUUGUCAUCUGUUAUUAUUUGAGAGCUUUUAUAAAAUUCUGGUAGUGAUAUUUCUGAUACUUUGCACACUGUAGUUAAACCAAGCUGCCAACA